CCAGGGCUGGGGCAUUGGCUGGGGGGGGACCCUAGGGCUGGCUGGGGAAGGCAGCAGACCCCGCACCCACAGAGAUGAUGAAGGACGAAAACAUUUUCCUCUUCGUGCCAAACCUCAUUGGCUACGCCCGGAUCCUUCUCCUCUUCGUUGCCUUUUAUUUCAUGCCGAGCGACCCCGGCCCGGCCGCCGCCUCCUACCUGCUCAGCGGCCUGCUGGACGCGUUUGACGGCCACGCGGCCCGGGCCCUCAACCAAGGGACCCGGUUCGGUGCCAUGCUGGAUAUGCUGACCGAUCGCUGCGCCACCAUGUGCCUGCUGGUGAACCUGGCACUGCUGGACCCGCCUCGCGCCCUCCUCUACCAGCUCAGCAUGAGCCUGGACGUCGCCAGCCACUGGCUGCACCUGCACAGCUCCGUGGUUCGGGGCAGCGACAGUCACAAGAGCAUCGACCUGACGGGGAAUCCGGUGCUGCGGGUAUAUUACACCUCGCGGCCCGUCCUCUUCCUCAUGUGUGCAGGGAACGAGCUCUUCUACUGCAUGCUGUACCUGCUGCACUUCACCGAGGGGCCUGCAGUGCUCCCCGGACGCCUGGGUCUUUUCCGUCUCAUCCUCUGGGUCUCGACCCCCAUCGCCGCCCUCAAGUCCCUCAUCAGCCUCGUGCACCUCGUCUCUGCCUCCUGCAAUAUGGCCGCCCUGGACAUGGCCGAGCGGGCCAAGAAGAAGUAGCAGUGUGGGAGGGGGAGGCUGGCAGAGAGAAACCCACCCCCAGUCCUGAUGGGACCAGCCCCCCCUCACUGGGGUGGGGCUCCCCUCCAUUGGCUAGAAACCCACCAAUCGCAGUGUCGUGUGCUUGUGGCGCUGGUGCGACGUGUUUCCCACAAUGCUUUGCAGCGGGGGCGCGGAAGUCCUGCCAAACUUGUAGCCUCCGUCCCCCUCUCCCCCGAUGCUUUGUGCCCUCUGGGGAGGUGGGGGGCAGGAUUAACUGAGCAGGGACCAUAUUUAUGCCCCAUGUCCACUUCCCACAGUGCUUUGCAGUGGGCCCUGGGCAUUGAAUGGGGGGGGGGCAGGGAUGUCACUUCUGCCUCCCCUUGUUUCCCACAAUGCUGCUGUGGCUUAUUCCAGCUCCUUUGGUUUCCCAUGAUGCUUUGCGCUUGGUUGGGCAGUGGCUGUAUUUAUACCUGACCCCCCCUCACAAUUUCCCACAAUGCUUUGUGCUCCCAGGCAGCACCUGAGGGUGAGUGUUUGGGAUUGUUCACAAGGCUCCUGAUCCAUGUCCCAUCAUGCUUUGCACUCCCGUGGAAGCCAUAUUGGUUCCUCCUCCUGUUCCCCUGAUGCUUUGCCCUGGGGGCAGUCACUUCAUGGGGGGCAUGGCUGUGGGGGAGGGGUCACCUUGCCAGAACCCCCCUGGCUCUUUUUCCUUCCCACAAGGCUUUGUGCCCCCCAGCUUGGCGUGAGGGUGGCCAUGUUUUUUGCCCUGCCUGCUCUCCCCUGAGUGCAGACUCCUCACUGCCCCUGGUGUGUGGGGGUCUCGCAGGGGUGUCAUCAUGCCUGGCCUCCCCCCACCCAGGGGAGCACAGUCCUGUCCCCCCGCGCGAUGGCUGCUUCCCCGCACCCCAGUUUCCAUGUGUGUGGUGGAUGUUAGACGCUGCUGGGCCUCAACCCCUCCCCCGGGGGCGUGGGGGUAACUGACCCCGCUGUGGGGAGGGUCCCAGCUACAAUAAAGAGCAGCCCAUCAAUCCCAGCCUCUGCUUUCACGCGGGGACCC